UAUGAUCAUAACCAACUGUAUUAUUUGUUUUAUCUAACUUAAUUAAUUCAUUCAAAAACUGCUAAACUAAACUAAACUAACCAUGGAUGCAGAGAAAUUUUUAAAUUUUCAAAUGCAAAUGCGUGAAAAUAAUAUGGAAGUAGAAAGUUUUUUAAAUGAUUUUGAAGCAUGGAAAAAAACAGUUGAAUUGAAAAGUCAACAUUUAACGAAAACUGCUCAACCAGAAUUACCAGCUAUACGUAAUAGUUUACUGCAAAAACAGAAAAAGAAAACAAUGAAACAAAAUGUGAAUACUAAAAAAAAAGUUGAACGAAUUAAAGCAUAUGAUUAUCAAGCAUGGGAUAAAUUCGUUGCUAACCAUGCCGUAGAUGACGAUGACGAUGAUAGUGCUGUUGUUGAUCGUGAUGAUGUUGAUAAAAAGUCAACUUCUCUGAAUGGCCAAGCGUCUAGUAGUAGUAGUAGUAGUAGUAGUAGUAGUAGUAGUGAAAUAACAGAUGAAGAGAAAGAAGAUCAAAGACGUAUUGAAUUAUCUAAAGAAGCUCGUGAAUUAGGCAAUGUUCGUUUUAAGGAAGGUAAAUUCAAUGAAGCUAUUGAACAGUACACCAUGGCUAUACGACUUACACCGGAAGAUUCUACGCCGUAUAUAAAUCGUGCAUUUGCUUAUAUUAAAACAGAACGUUAUGCAUCCGCUGAAGUGGAUUGUACCAAUGCGUUAAGAUUAGACAACAGUUCAGUGAAAGCAUUUUAUCGACGUGCACUAGCACGUAAAGGGUUAGGUUAUACUGCUGGAGCAAUUGAAGAUUUAAAAGAAUUGCUUAAAUUUGAUUCAAAUAAUAAAAUUGCUCAAAAUGAAUUGAAAACUUUAACUGGGAAAAGAGAACUGGACGAUACAUCGAAAUCUUCUUCCACAACUAGUAGCAGCAGUAGUAGUAGCUCAUCAGUUCAUUCAAACAAAUUGAGAAAAAUGAGACAAAUACCAAUUAUUGAAGUCAGCAAUAAUAAUGAUGAUCAUCAUAAACCAAUGUCGAGUACAACACCACUUCCUACACAACAAAUGAUUACAAAAAACUCUAACUCUACCAGUAAUGCGAAUGUUCAGAGUUCCAUGUUAAACACUGUUGUGAAAACAAAUGAAAACGCGUCAUAUUCAUCGAUCACAAUGAAUACACCCAACAGUAAUGUCAAUGUUGACAAUCCUACUGUUAUUCAACAACAAUCAUUACCCACUAACAUGAAAUUGUAUAAAACACCAUCGAAUUGGUUCCAAUUGGAACGUGAACUACGUGAAUUAUGUCAUCGAAAUUCUUCAUCCAAUCAUCAUCAACAUCACCAACAACAUCACCAAUCAAAUCAACUUAGCAAAGAAGCAAUCCGUUAUUUAUGUCAUAUUCAACCAAUCAACUAUAAAAAAUUAUUCGGUGAAAAUAUGGAUAGUACAUUUUUAUCUUAUAUGCUUUAUGCAUUGUGUCAUACAAAUGAUGAGGAUGGCGAUGGUGAUGUUGUUGUUCAGCUGACGAAUCAACAUAUUUUAGAUCGUUUAUUUUAUUUAAUAAAAUUACCAAGAUUUGAUAUUGCAUGGAUGAUGAUUACUAAUGAAGUGGAACGUGUUAAUGUUAGGGAUUUAAUUAAAAAUUUACAAAAUGAUUAUUCACUUAAUCAAGAUGUAUUAAAACAAAUUUCUGUACAGUUUGAAUAUUGAACAUAAAUUAUUAUUUUUU